UAUAAACUACUUCUAAAACUAGCAUGCAAAACCCUAAUUAAACCAUGGGAGAUCAUACUGAAUUCGUGCCGUGGGAUGAGCUUAGCGGGAAGGUUGUGAUGGUGACUGGAGCAUCGUCGGGGAUAGGCAGAGACUUGUGUAUUGAUCUGGCAAAAGCUGGGUGCAAAAUCAUUGCAGCAGCACGGCGGACGGAUCGUCUGACGUCUCUAUGUGAUGAGAUCAACAGACGCCAACGAAGGAGCAGUAGUGGUAACGGUGAAGUCCUUGAUGGUGUUGGAGCUGUGGCUGUGGAGCUUGAUGUCAGUGCUAAGGGUCCGACCAUUGAGGCCUCGGUCAAAAGGGCGUGGGACGCAUUUGGGCGUAUUGAUGUUUUGAUUAAUAAUGCAGGGAUUAGAGGCAAUUUGCGAUCACCAUUGGAGUGGUCUGAAGAAGAAUGGAAUAAUAUCGUGAGAACAAAUUUGACCGGAACAUGGUUAGUGUCAAAGUACGUUUGUACAUGUAUGCGUGACGCUAGUCAAGUAGGAUCAGUCAUCAACAUAUCAUCUAUAUCUGGUCUUCAACGUACAGAAGUACCUGGAGGUCUUGCUUACGCCUCUUCAAAGGGUGGAGUUGUCACAUUGACAAAGGUGAUGGCUAUGGAAAUGGGUAGGUUCAAUAUCAGGGUGAACUGCAUUUGUCCCGGGAUUUUCAGGUCUGAGAUCACAGAAAAGCUGUUACAAAAGGACUGGAUCAGUAAGGUGGUAGAAAAAACCGUUCCGUUAAGGACAUAUGGCACAACUGAUCCUGCACUGACCCGACUAGUUAGGUAUCUGAUUCAUGACUCGUCCAAGUACAUAAGUGGCGGUGUGUUCAUUGCCGAUGCAGGUUAUACCUUACCCGGUGUUCCCAUUUUCUCUUCCCUUUAGAGUUCGGAUCAUGUUUGUAUUAAAAAAAAAAGGAAGAAUGUAAAGUAGAUCAUCAAGUACUAAGGGAAAUGUUAUUAUUUUGUGAA